AUGCAGAGGAAGAGCAGAAGAAUUGACCUUAAAAUCAAAUUUAGGGUUCGCUCAGUAGCAGCAGAAACCCUAGGCAACAUCGAAGAACUCCUCACAGAGAUUCUUGUGUCCUUGCCAGUUCGAUCCUUGCUCCGUUUCAAGUGCGUCUCCAAGCAUUGGCUCUCUCUUAUUUCCAACCCCGAAUUCUACGAGAGACACACCCUCCGAAAUCCCAACCCUAGAGUCUCUGCUUUCUUCUCCAGUAUAACCCACAACAAGAUUUUCAAUUCCGUCCCUCUAAUUGGUAAACAUGAAAUCCCUAUUCCCUUCAAAGCUCUUAACGAACAAGUUCCAGGAAGCCUCGAUAUUAUUCAGUCCUGUAAUGGUCUAUUCCUCUGCGAGCCUAGAGAUAGAUAUCAAAAAAGAAUAUAUGUGGUAAAUCCCACAACCAGAAAAUUCUGUGCUCUUUCCCUUCCAAAGGGACACGGUAAAAGAUCGUUUGUACGUUAUGGCCUGGCUUUUGACCCUUCCAAAUCACCUUAUUACAAGGUGAUCGGUGUAGGUAAUUACACCUCCAUCGUCGACGAUCGAUAUGAUGGCAAUUAUCAAAUAGACAUAUAUUCUUCCAGGACUCGAGAUUGGGAGCUUCUUAAUGUUCCUCUCGUCUCCAGGCAAACAAGUUUAGACACAGUUGAGGAAAGACUUUGCAUGUCAAGAGAUGAAAAUGAUGUGACUAUUUUGACAUGGGUGAAGAAAGUCUGCGAAUCACCGCACCUACUCCGCCUGUACUUUGGGGAGUCUUGUGGUCAUUUGCAUUUGAUUGAUUUUUAUGAGAAAAGUACCACUCAGUUUGAUGUGAUGGAGACUACUCUGGAUGCGAUGCAGUUGGCUGGCUGGUCUAGGGCAUUGGGCUAUAAAUUUCCGUUCUUCGGAGGAUCAAAGAUUCCGAUGACUUACGUGGCAUAA